AUCCAGCCAUCUUCCCGUCCAUCUCCACCUCCACCUUUUUCCUCUUUGCCCCGACCUUUUACCAUUAAAACUCCCACUUGUUCGAGUCGUCUGCCGACGUUCACCCGUGUGAGUUCUCGAAUCCUAGGCAACCCGGACGACAAGGUAGGGAUACAUUUCCGAUGUCGUCUAUAUCUCCUACAGUCCCUUACGCGUCCUCCCAACCCCAGGACUCGGGAAGCGCAUACAAAUAUGAAGACCCUACCGCAUACCAGAUUCAAUCCGCAUUCCCAAACCAGUUCGAGCUGCCCGUGUCGGCUCCCCGCCCUGAUCUCGAGCCUGCCCAAGAACAACAACCCAAAGCCAAAGCUGGAAGCUCGGAGCCGAAAAUCCGCUUGAGGAAGGCAUGCGACAGCUGCAGCGUACGAAAAGUCAAGUGCGACGAGGCUGGUCCGCCAUGCAAAUCCUGCGCUGCUCUCGAUAUUCCAUGUACCUUUGAUCGACCGAGUCGUCGUCGCGGACCGCCGAACAGACAUGCGGAGGCCAUCAAGAGACAAAAACUCGAAGGAGGCGGCUAUGAAGUUUCCAGAGGUUCCCCAACCCAUGAUGCAGCAUACAGUCUGGCAGCGCUCUCUGCCCCUGUGCUUCUGUCGGCCGAGUCAAUUUGCGACCUGCCGACGUUGAAGAUUCUUCUGGACGACUACUUCACAUACAUUCACCCUCUGAUCCCUCUUCCGCAUGAACCGACUUUCCGUCGGUCUUUCGAGGCCAGAGAGGACCGAACGGACCGAACAUUUCUGGCUCUCAUUGCCUCCAUGGUAGAAUGCCUCGUGGCUUCAUUUCCACGCAGACCCAGACAACUCUUCACUACAGAGCCGGCAAGAUCACAAUUUCCCAACGCAGGUGCCGUAAUAGAGCGAUGUCAUCAAGUCUUCAUCGAAGCUCGUGGUCUCGGAUACCUGGAUCGGUCUCUUGGCCUGUAUGAUGCCAUCGCCAGCUACCUGACAGGACUGGCAGCUGCUUAUGUGCUAAACACAUCACGUUUGCGCUUGUAUCUCGGCGAGUGUACAAUGCUUACCCGGGAGCUUGGCUUCCAUCGGCCAGAGGUUAGUCGAUCGGCUUCGGUGACACCCGGCGGAUCAUACCCACCAAUGGUCGAUCAUGUCUAUCAAGAGUCAGGUCGCCGACUGUUUUGGUUGCUCUUUGUGGGCGCCAUGUCGGCACGUCAACUCGAUGAAGCCGAAGGUGACAUGUUGAUGCCUCCAGUAUCACAUGCAGAAAUGCUUCCGCCUCUACCAGUCGAGGUCGACGACGAGAAUAUCACACAGGACCAAAUAUUUCCUCAGCCUCGUGGUGUCGUGUCGGAGUUGGUGGGGUUCAACCUGAACGUCAAGGUUUUUAGAGCAUUUCACUUCCUGGCCGCGUUGGAGAUGGCAUUUGGUGCUAAUACGGUCUAUGACUGGGAUCGUCAACGCCAGAUUAUUCGUCGUGCUCUACAAAAUGUCAAAGAAGCAACAAAAAACGCACCCAAGGAGCUACAACUGCAUCCGUCCGACGGCUUUGGCGAGUGGCCUCCUACGCAGAGCGAUAUGUCGGCCUAUGCACAAUUGUUCAACGACCGUGAUGGCGUGCAGUCUGAUCCAGUUGCAGAUUCUCUUGGUGCCCACGGGCAGUACCCGGUGCCGCAUUCUAAGAGAACUGUACAAUUUGAGAUCCAGAAGGCCAAUAUCUACGCCACACAAUUAUCAUCCAGGUCUUACCUGGUGGAAAGAUUCUGGAACCUAUAUGACAUCGUCGAACGUGACAAAGCCAAUCUCACUUCGGACAAAGUUAUGCCCAGUUCUUCUCCCACGACUGGAAUCAUCACCACGGGCAUGGAGCAUGGCUACAGAGAGGCUGCCGGUCGGACACCCAGUGACAGCUUGAUGGAUGCUGGGGAACAAACUAUGGCUGUGGAGCGCGAAGAUAUUGUUCGUGAUAUGGCUCUGCUGCUCAAGAGCAUCAACCAGGUGAAUAUGGAGCCGAACGGCAUGAGCUUUUGCAACAAGAUACGAACUGUCGCGUCAACUCUACUCGAGACAAAACGUGCUCGUAUGAGUUCCAUGCCGACAUUGGACUCGGAGAGUGUCAAUAAGUAUCUGCAUACCUUCCUCGACAUAUUGGCCAAGUUGGAGAGAUUAGGUCCUGGGCGGUAUCGGGGAGUAUCUGACGGGAAUACUGGAAGCUUGUUGAGAACCCCAGAGGAGAUUGAAGAUGAAGAGCUUGUUCACUGGGCGAGUCUGAAGGAGCAUCAAGAAAGAUUUGUUCGGUCCAGCGGAUUCUGGUGAGCAUGGGCAGUGAGUGUUUUCGAUGUUGUUCAAGGCUCGAGAGAACCAAGAGAAUCAAUGUGUCUAUUGGUCAUCCUCGAACGAUGACGAUAGACUUAUGAGACGAUUCACAGGCGUGUCACGAGACAAGGGUUUCCUGAGCAGUAGGCAUGCUGCAAGUUGUAUGGACACAAGUGGUAGAGGUACGAGCAUAGACCUUGUGGUGCGGUGCAUAAUGUAAGAUUUAAU